CUAAUGACCCAGCACCACAGGAAAAUGGCGUGGGGACCUGUACUCGUGGCUACAGAGGAGAUAAGUGGAGGUGCAGUGGAUUUGGUCCUUCCUCAGCGGUGUUGUGAAAGGUAACUUCCAGCUUUUCCCCUCAAGGGCCUCCUUUUGCUUUCCUGGGAGUGGAUACUACCCCGACGGUGAUAAGUGAAGGCCACCCCUUACAUCCCACCCGCAUUCCCAUAAAAUGCUUCCCGUUGUGGAAAAUAAACAGUCAAGGCCAUCACCGUGUUUCAUCCCUGCUGCUGUGUCCCCAGUGGAGGAUAAUUUCAAUCACCUUCCUCAUCCUCAGGCUCUUCCUAAGCCAACAUUCACAGACUGGUUGAAGUUUGAAGGGUCCUCUGGCGGUCAUUUUGUCCCCACCCCCCUGCACAGAACAAGAGCAAAGGAUCUUGCUCCUCUUGCUCCUCUUGUCACCCAUCAUGAGGAAGAUGUCCAAGGCAGGAGAGAUUAGAUAAAAGCCACCUUCUGUCCGCCAGCUUAAGGUGUGGAUGAGAUAGAUUAUGGUUCAUGGGGCAAAGAGAGUGCCCAAAGGACUGAGAGCACGUAGGGAGAAAUGUCAUCUGAAAACAUGAUGACAACACACAGAAAAACACAGAAUCUGGGUGUAGUUCCCUCAUGAUUCUCGGAUGUGGUUCGUGGCUUCCAUUUAUUUCUGCAGCACUUCCUCUUCCUGCCCCCGUGAGCCCCGGACUCAAGUCAGACCGAUGGAGAGAGCAGCACGGAGCAACCAGACAGCGCAUCCCGCUCCCGGGCAGCCCGGCUCAGAGCCCUCAGCACCCCCUGGACCACAGUGACAUGAUUGCCCCCCGCCUCGUGAUGUUCCUCACCACCGUGCAUCUCCUGCCCUGCCAGAAGGUCUCUGGGGAAGCCGCAGUCCCUGCCCCGACCCUCCGGGUGCUGCAGGGACAGAAGGAGUAUUUCUUUGGAGAUGCUGUCACGCUGGUGUGCACCACUCCCCCCAACAUCACUGGGAAGCUGACCUACCAAAUUUUUGGCGAGGCUGGCUGGGCAAUUUCAGGAUUUAGCUCGACGCACGAGUUCAUCCUCUCCCGAAUGCAACACAGGGGGCCACAUUUCUGCAGCUAUUCCCUCAAGCAAGGUCAGAAGUGGCUCACAUCCCCAGCCAGUGAAAAACUGGUGAUCAAGAUUGGAGACCACCUUCCCCAGCCCCUGCUGAUGGUGGAGUCCCCGCUGGGAGAGGUGAUGGCAGGAGAUCUCCUAAGCAUCAUCUGUAAGGCCCCUGGAAAUGCCACCGUACGGAGGUUUCGCUUCUACAGGGAUGGCCAAGAGGUCCUCCCUACGACAGAAGGCUCCGAGGACAGUGCAGCAGAUCAUGGGGGCAAUUUAAGGACUUCCAUGGUCCUCCAGUUCCCACAUGCUGGUCCCCAACAGAGUGGAAACUUUACCUGCAAGUAUGAGGAAAAAAAGCCUGAGAGGUGGAUCCCCUCCUUCACAAGCCAAGCCGUGUCUAUCAGUAUAAAUACCCAAAAGGAAGGAAACAGCUGCUUCCCUCUUCUACGGCUGCUGGUUGUGGGCAGCUGCUUCCUCACCAUCAACAGCCUCAUCUUCCUCUUCUUCUGGGCCCGGGGGAGAACCAAAGAUGCCUCGUUCCUGUAUGGAGCCAGCCCUGCUGGGAUCUCCCAGCUGGAUGCCAGAUCCCCAAACAGCCUUCAGGAGGAUAAUAGGUACGAGGAACACUAAUGAGAGGAAGAUGCUGUGGGCGAUUCCACCCCCUAAAGACUGCUCCCUGCUGAAGACACAUCCCAAAAGACUGGUUUGAAGCCAAAUGAGUGCUCCGCUGGGAAAACAAAGCAAGAAUCAGUUUGUGGGAGGAUGAAAGAAGUAGAAAAGGGUCAUUUCAUGUGGUAAAGGGGAGGGAGGAGACACGGACGUUGUCGGGAAGGGUGACUGUGAAAGAGAAAAUUAAGAAAGAUAAGAAAUAAAAAUGGAAAUUGUGAGAAAAAAAAA